AUGCGGAAGCAACAGCAAUUGCUGUUACAGCAGCAACAGUUGAUGCAGAAGCAGAAGUUGAUGCACCAGCAACAACAGCAGGAGUUGCAGCGGGCGGCAGUGAAGACGGAUUCAUUUACCCUUGCGGGGGCUGGAAACCGAAGCGAGCCUGAUGAUUCGAAUGCAGCAUUGUCGAAACGGGAUUCUGUCCGCUCGGUUUCGCCUCCUGUACCGCCGCCUGUUGAUGUUACUAACUUGGAUCGUUUGAUGGAAUCUGUUACUCCCUUCAUUCCUGCACUGUGCGAGUCUGAGGCCAAUGCAAGGGGAUGGAGAAUGCGGAAAGCAGUGUCCCAUCCAUUUUUUUGCCUGGACGAUCUGUGGGAAUCUCUUAAAGAAUGGAGUGUGUAUGGGGCUGGAGUACCUUUGGUAUUGAAUGAGAAAGACCGAAUCACACAGUAUUAUGUUCCUUACUUGUCAGGCAUACAGUUGUACAUAGAUUCUAAGAAGCCUCAUUCACAACUUAGGAGGCCUGGUGAGGAGAGUGAUGCUGAGUCGUCAAUGGAAACAAGUAGUGCUAGUAGCAGUGAUUGUGAAGCUGAUAGGCGUUCCAAAUCCAUUGUGGAUGGGUCGAGGAAUCUGCAGAACCUCAUGAAUUCUAACUCCCAACGUCUAAACAAACUUGUGCUGAGAGAUAAAUCUGUCAUCAGUUCAUCCAGUGACGAAGCUGAAAUUCCAAAUUCAUCAGGAUUACUCUUGUUUGAAUAUUUGGAACAAGAACAACCACAUAACCGUAGACCACUAACUGACAAGAUUUCCGUUCUUGCAUCCCAAUUUCCUGAACUGAAAAAGUACAGAAGCUGUGAUCUACUUCCAGCAAGUUGGGUGUGUGUAGCUUGGUAUCCAAUUUAUAGAAUACCCAUAGGCCCAACACUGCAUGAUCUGGACGCAUCAUUUUUGACCUUCCAUUCAUUGUCAACGCACUCUAGAAAUAAUAUUUCACCUCAAUUUCAUGCUGCAAACACUAGGCAAGUCCGUGGAAUCGUCGAUCCAUCUUCACAGAUUUCAUUACCAGUCUUUGGCCUUGCUUCAUACAAGUUAACGGGUUCAAUUUUGAGUCCUUGUGCAGCUCAUGAACGUGAGCAAGAGAACUCUCUUUUGCAAGCUGCAGACAAUUGGCUUCGCACUUUGCAGGUUAUUCUCCCUGAUUACCAAUUUUUUCUUGCUCACUACUCCCAUUGGAGAUGA